GCUUUGCACAUAUAUAUAUGUACACACACAAAAUAUAAAGUACUCUGAGUGACUGUGCACAGUUUCUUUUGUGUAUAAAGACAGACGACAACCAUUUCAGGAAGUACUGUACUGCGACAGCUAAGGACCACGCCUGUUUAUUUGAAGCUGAGAUGCACAGACAAUUCCCAAAGCUCACGCUGACCGAGAUAGAUGAGCAAGUCCGGGUGAUUGCGGAGAAGGUCUUUGCCUCCGCGAUGCAGGAGGAGGACAUCAAGGAUGCCGUGUCCUUGUUCGACGUGCCCGAUGACUGUCCGAUCAGCAAGAAGGAGGCCAAGGAGAGGGAGCUGCAGAAGGGGAUCACAGAGCAGCAGUCUGAGGCCACCGCAAAGAGGAAGAGGAGUAUGAGGAUGAUCCGAUCCCAAUCUUUGUUCUUGCAAAUCCCAGCAGCGGAUGGAACACUCCCAGUCGUUACCCCGGUCUCAUCUCCGCAGUUACCCAAUGCUGCAUCCUCUCUGUUAGUUGACAUACAACUGCCCUACGAUGUGCCUGAAUUUCAGAGAGUGACUAUCACAGGAGACUACUGCUCGGGGAUCACAGUGGAGGAUUAUGAACAUUCGGCCAAGGGGCUCAUCAAAGCCCUGUUUAUCCGGGAGAAGUACAUGCGCCUCGCCUACCAAAGCUUCCCCAGGACCACAGCCCAGUUCCUGCGCAUACUUGAGAACGAAAAAUGGACAGAUGAAAAUGAGGUGCUGCCAGAUAUCUGCCCACCUCCUAGAAAUGGAGAGGAUCCUUACAGCUUCAGUGACAUUCCAGAGAACACAGAAUGGGUGGCCAAGUUGAAGGACGGAGUCAUCUUCGUCUACGACAACAAGGAGAAGCUGGAGAAGGACAUACCGAAGAGCCUUCCCUACCCCGACCUGGAGACCUUCACCCUGGACUUCAGUCACAUCCUUGCCCUCAUCGCUGAUGGUCCCACGAAGACAUACUGCCACCGGAGACUGAACUUUCUGACGUCUAAGUUCACCCUGCACGAAAUGCUGAACGAGAUGGCAGAGCUGAAGGAGCUGAAGAGUGUGCGGCACCGAGACUUCUAUAACGUUAGAAAAGUGGACACCCACAUUCACGCCGCCGCCUGCAUGAGUCAGAAGCACUUGCUGCGGUUUAUUAAGCAAACCAGCAAAGAUGAACCUGACCGCAUUGUCCAUGAGAAAAGAGGCGAGAAGAUAACACUGAGAGAACUGUUCGCCAAUCUCAAAAUGGAUCCUUACGACCUAACCGUGGACUCGCUGGAUGUGCAUGCGGGUCGUCAGACAUUCCACCGAUUUGAUAAAUUCAACUCUAAAUACAAUCCGGUCGGGGCGAGUGAACUGAGGGACCUUUACUUGAAAACUGAUAAUUACAUGAAUGGGGAGUACUUUGCUCGUAUCAUCAAGGAGGUUGCUCACGAACUGGAAGAAAGCAAGUACCAGCAUGCAGAACCCCGCUUGUCCAUCUACGGAAGGUCACCCAACGAAUGGACCAAUUUGGCCAAGUGGUUUAUUGACCAGAAGGUGUACUCGCCAAACCUUCGCUGGAUCAUUCAGGUUCCUCGGAUUUACGAUAUAUUUCGAUCGAAAAAUAUCCUACCCAACUUUGGCAAAAUGCUGGAGAAUAUCUUCAUGCCUCUGUUCGAAGCGACCAUUAACCCCAAGAAAAACAAGGAGCUUCACCUUUUCCUGAAAUAUGUCACUGGCUUCGACAGCGUUGAUGACGAAUCCAAGCACACCCCUCACAUGUUCUCAUUAAAGAGCCCGAGACCUGGAAUGUGGACAAAUGAGCAGAAUCCCCCUUACAGCUGUUACUUGUACUACAUGUACUCAAAUAUCAUGGUGCUCAACAACUUGAGAAAGGAGCGAGGUUUGAGCACUUUCGUAUUCCGCCCUCAUUGUGGGGAGGCUGGAUCCAUCACACACUUGGUCUCAGCGUUUCUCACGGCUGACAACAUUUCACAUGGACUCAAUCUGAAAAAGAGUCCGGUGCUUCAGUACCUCUACUACCUUGUUCAGCUCCCCAUCGCCAUGUCUCCACUCAGCAACAACAGUCUUUUCUUAGAGUACUCCAAGAGCCCACUGCCAGAGUUCCUGCACAAAGGCCUCAAAGUCUCUCUUUCUACAGAUGAUCCCAUGCAGUUCCAUUAUACAAAGGAAGCAUUGAUGGAAGAGUACGCGAUUGCUGCUCAAGUCUGGAAAUUCAGCACCUGUGACCUAUGUGAGAUAGCGCGAAACAGCGUGCUGCAGAGUGGGCUGUCCCAUAUGGAAAAGCAGCACUUCCUGGGAACGAAUUACUUAAAGGAAGGGCCUGAGGGGAAUGAUAUCCGAAGGACAAAUGUGGCACAAAUCCGGAUGGCCUAUCGGUAUGAGACGCUGUGCACUGAGCUUUCCUUGUUAAUUGAUGCAAUGAAAUCAACUGAGAUCUGCGCGGCACAAGAUUAAAAUCGAUUACUGAUCAAAGGAGUGACAGGAGUAUGGAAUGGAUUAGAUUUUGGCAGUCUAACCCAAGUGAUCUCUCAAUAAUGCUAUUGAUAGUGCACUUGGUUCUUAACUAGUUCACCUCAGUUCUUGUCUCAUUAUGUACCAAAUAUUUUAAUGCAUGCAUUUCAAAAUAUCAUGUAUGCUAUUGAAUUACUCGAUUGAAAUUUACCUAUUUUUAAAAAAUAAAAUGAUAUCAGAGGAUGCAAUUUGUCAAUAUAUAGUAUAUAGCAGUCUAUAAAGUGUGCAAUACAUCAGUUGUAAAUUAAUCCAUACAGAUUAUCUUUCCAGAGUAAAGUAUGCAUUCAUUUCUUCCCAUAUUUACUGAAAUACUAAUUCAGUCAGAGGAUAGUUAAGAGUUGACUUAAGGUGUUCUGAGCACUUUGGUAUUGGGGAGGUGGAUUAUCUUUGAAUGUUAUGUUCAUUUUUAUAAUUUUACAAAUAAAGGCUCAUUGAAUUGCA